CGUGCUUUGUCGUCUUCCUGAGUGCCCUUGUCCCAAUGGUGCGGGGUGAUUAGCGCUACAGUCUUACUAGACAUAUUGCGAAGACCAUUACGUUUCCCCGGACAUGCCCCCUAAACCUCCGGCGAAGCCCAUGCACUUGAGGGCCAAUUCCACGCAACACCCUUCCGCGAGCUCGCUCUUGCAUGAACGCCAAGGACCGGCCGAUCAACAUGGCCAGAGAGACUCAGAAUGGAAUUGGGAGGAAGCUGGCACAAGACAGGAUGCAUUCGGAACGCUAGGCGCCGGUGUUAGGCGUCCAAUGGUCCGGAUAAAUACAAACAGUGUCUCCCUGGCGCACGGUGUUAAGGAUUCUCUCGGGCCGGGAAGUACACAGACGAGUAAUGGGAACUCGGCCCCAUUUGGCGACUUAUCAAUAUUUGAAGAAUCUCAGGAGGAGCCACUGAUUGAUCUGUCACCUGUCGACUCUCCAUUGUCCAAGAUCCAGUCACCCCAACUACCCAAAUCCUCUGCCGACUACACGAGCAAAAAAGGCGGCACUCCAAUACGCAGCGACGAGGAUGUAGCCCGAAACCUUGCGCAGGAGUAUAGUCUCUUAGACAUUGACGAUCUCAGUGAAGUGCCUCCCAUGUUCCGCGACCAGAUAUCCGCCGCAUCGAAGCCAAGGUUACGCAAUUUCGAACCGCAAAGCCCACUCCUAUCACUUGGUACUGACGACAUGAUGUUUCCAAGUUCCCUGGAAGCAGAUCAAUCCACCGACGCAAUGCCAGGCGACGAAGAAAGAUGUUAUUGCGGGCACCAUUCUGCGUAUGGCGGACAAUGCUCCUUUUGCUACCCAUGUGGUUACGUGUUCUGCGAAAGAUGCUGGGAUAAAUCACCGCCACACCGCCGACAGCGUAUCCAGGGUGGCAUACCGCAUGAAAAGACAGACCCGAAGCUUGCAAGGAUCAUUGAGCAAACACUUGAAGCGGACGUGGAUGAGAAGACGCAGGCCUUCCUCCACAUGAAGGACGAAGAUUCAUCAUGGUUCGGAACUUCUCGCGAUGACGACGAUGACAUGGUGUUUCAGGACAACGGGCGAUACGCAACCAUAAUGGCCGACAUGUCGUCGCGCAAACGGCAACUUCGGUAUCCGGGCUUGGUUUCUUUCGUUGGUCAAACAGGGGCUGGCAAGAGCACCAUUAUUAAGCUUCUCAUCGAGCUUCAAUCAAGGUCUGAGGAGGACAUCCAGGUACCUGUCGUUGGGUCAAUAAAAAAUCAGGAUCUGCCCACCUCGGGAGAUGUUCACCUUUAUGCCGAUCCGGUUUCGUCAGGUUCAGACAGUCCGAUUCUCUAUGCAGACUGCGAGGGCCUCGAUGGCGGCGAAAGAGAGCCGAUGGGGGUAAAGUUCAAGAGGGCGAAAAAGAAGCUCCCUUCAAACCAAGUACCACAAUAUGUCAGGUCACUCUCAAAUGCUUCGGAGCGCAAUCUCCUGUGGGCGACCACGGAGAAAACAAAAAGUCGGGAGUACAUUGUGCGCAACUUAUAUCCCCGACUGCUGUACACAUUCUCGGAUACCAUUGUCUUUGUCACGCAGAACCCGCGAGUCGUGGAGAAUGUUGUCGAUCAACUCAUAGACUGGGCGACCGCGGCAUUGGAGAAGUCUUCCAACCAGCCCGUCCUUCCGCAUGCGAUUAUAAUCCUCAACGCGGCCGAGAAUAACACAGAACCUGAUCUAAACCAUAAUCUGCGAGCACGAGCGGCCUUCUGGGCGCCCCGCCAACGACGCAUUACAUCCAUACGAGACCUCUUGCUGUCUUAUUAUUCUACCAUUCGAGUUGUCCGUAUCCCAGAGAGAGGUCGGCCUAAGCUGAUUCAUCAGCAAAUUGGGCGACUAUACCGGGAGAUCAAAAUCGCGUGUCAAAGGUCCCGCGAAGAAAAGCGAAAGCUCAGGAUGUUGCUAAACUCCGACGAGCUGCAACCAUAUCUGCAGCAUGCCUUCGAUCAUUUCACGCGCGAUCUCGAGCUGCCCUUUGAUUUCGUCCAAGCAUCGUUUGCGAACAGCCCUAUUCCGUCUGACUUUGGCGGUAACAUUUUGAAACUAGCUAUAAAUAUCCUGGAUGUUUGGAAAGACAAGCUAGACGGACCGGCUAUCUUCAAGGAAUUGAGCUACAUUGCAGCGUCAUGCGUGAUGCUCGACUCGGCUCGGCGUAAAGCUCUGGGUCCAGCUGAGAGCGUCUUUCCGGAAUAUCUCGACCAUUUCGACGACGCCUUGGAUGAUUUCUGCGAUCGCCACUGGCCAUGCGAGUAUGUCAGUCCUGAAGGCCGAUGUGUCAAUGUCCGAAGUGGCCACCAAGCCAAAGGGCACCAGCUUAAGAAUGGCCGGGUCUUAGCCGUUGAGCCAUACGUCUCGUCCUUCUCAGCGGAGGGAUUUCGAAAAACAUUCCGCUCUAUGACAUUCAAUAACCUAGUCGCCUUACUGAAGAAAUUGAUCGAUGAAACGAGACUCUCUGAUAACCUGGAGCUGAACCAAGCAGCGGCGAUCCAUCGUGACCUUGUGCUUAAGAACUUUUAUCAUCAUCUGGGAGGCCCGGCAAAAUUUAUAAGUCAUACUGCCUGUUAUGCUUGUCUCGUGGAGCCCCCAGAGCACCUAUUGCCGUGUGGCCAUGUUCUGUGUACCCCCUGCGUCCGAAUAUUCGGCCUCAGCAGAGGCAAAUACUCCUAUGAAAUGUUAUCGUGUCCUUUGCACAUCGACCAGGCUGAGGGACAGUGUCCCCCCUUCUGGCCGAUAUCAAUCAAACCGCCUGGGGCAGGAACUCGCAUUCUGAGCUUAGACGGUGGCGGGAUCCGAGGGAUUGUAGAAUUGACAAUCCUCCAGCAGAUCGAGCGGGCUUUAGGCCACGGGCUAUACAUCCAGGACUUUUUCGACCUCAUUGUCGGAACCAGCACGGGUGGAAUCAUCGCCCUAGGCCUCGGGGCAUGCGGCCAUUCCGUCCAACAUUGCACCGAAGCAUUUCGAGCCCUGUGCAAACGGGCAUUCACCCGGCGAAAAGGCUCAGGUUGGUUCGCUAUCGAGCGCAUUAUCUCCGCAUCAAAUCACAGCAAAUUUGAAACCCGACCGCUAGAAAACGCAUUAGAAGAAUUUUACGGUGAUGCCCGAUUGUUUGGCGGUCUGCGCCAUGAAAUCGACUCAAUGUGCGUGAGACGACUCACCAAAGUCGCUGUUACAACCACCACAACAGCAGCUUCGGUCGUCGUACUGGCAAACUACAAUCGACAUAGCGAUGUGGACGAUAUCUCUUAUCGGUUCUACCGAUCCGAGAAGCCUGAAAACGAGAUGAAGAUCUGGGAAGCGGCAAGGGCAACCUCCGCUGCUCCGAGGAUUUUCAAGCCCUUUUUCCAUAGCCCGUCAGGACAGGAAUAUCAAGACGGAGCCAUCUACUAUAACAAUCCAAUUGACAUUGCGAUCCGUGAGCAGCGACUGAUAUGGCCUGACGUGGUUGAGAAUCAUCCGGAUAUCGUUCUCUCCGUGGGAACUUCAUUUAACCCCAAAUCGCAAAGUCGGGAGCCAACACUCUCCUCGAAACCUUCUACGUGGGGAAUGAUUUCCCACGUCAAAGCGCUGGCUAAGAUUGCCAUCGACCAUAUUCACAGUAGUCUAGACUCGGAGCGCACAUGGAAAACGUUUUUGGAGAGGAGUCCGCCGCCAACGCGUUUCAGUGACCGAUAUAUCCGUGCCAAUCUGGCGUUAGAGAUGGACCCCCCACGGCUGGAGGAAGUCAAUGCGAUUGACACGUUGAGUGAGAUGGCACGAUCGCGCUUUACCAAAGAAAAGGACUUCAUCAAAUCCAUCGCCGACCGCCUGAUCGCAUCGUCAUUCUAUUUCGAGCCCCUACCGACGGCCAACGCAAUCGAGAAUGAAGACGGAUCCAUCACGCUGAAGGGGAACAUAUUAAGCCGGCUUCCCUGGGGCUCGGAGCAGAUUCAUCACCUCGGAGAAGCCUUCCUCCAGCGGUCGAAGAAUAUGUUCAAUCGCGGCGACAGCAGCCAUCAGGCGUACUUUGUGAUCCGGGAACGGCGCAGGGAGAAGGACAGCCAGUUCUAUUUCAUCGACGAGCAAGUGAUAGGCUCAAUGAUCCGCGACGGACAGUUCUCCAUGAGCAAGGUGGAAGUUCGUCUGACGCGACGAAUGGCCGAGACGGAAAUCAGCCUGUGUCUUGAUGGCGAUCGUCAUCAGCCGACAUACUAUCCAAUCAGCGGGUUUCCCCGAUGUCUUCUAGAGGACGAAAUCGCUGCAUCAGCGACAAAAGCCAAAUUCUCCCGAGGAGUUGCCCGAUCCCGAUCCUUGAACCAAACCCAGCGUCGGGAGGAAUGGCGAAAACCCACUCUAGACGAGGGCCCUCGCUCAGUGGAUCCGAUCACCCGAUACGUGCAGACGUCCUAUCAAUACCCCGGCGGCGAAACCAGCGCCAGCUUAUCUGCAAUGUCGACCCGGUUCUCUAGCUCGUCGCGCCGCCCGUUGCAGGAAUUUGACCCUGCGCUACCGAGUCAUUUCCCACCUGCACAUAGCGUUGCUCGCGACUCUAUUGGCUUCGACAGCGGCUUCCUCGGCUUCGAUGUAUCCGUUCGUCCUGGGACAGUGGAGGCAGACACGGUGCCUGUAUAUGAGAUGGAGGACACCUCGGCGCAGUACAUGUCUCGGAUGAAUCUUACCACGCAGGAUGGAGUGCGACGAUCCGAUUCGGAAUCAACAGCAGUUCCCGAUGAGAGCGGUAAUGGAGAGCUCCCUAGGUACAAAGCUCUUGAAGACGGAGUCGCGUCUCCCUCGGAAUUUAAAUGGGUUUAGUGAAGAUGUUUGGUGCUUGUGCCGGGGAGGUGCACACCUUCUCUGCAGACCUUGGACAAUACCCAAUAGUACUCUUGACAAGGCAAAUUGUGGUCAGGAAUGAUAUGA